GGCUGGAAGAGCCCCCAGUGUGUCCCGUGUGUCCCACGUCCCUGCCCAGCAGCGCCAUCUCACAAGUUGUUCAGGAGCGAGAAGCGUAAACUGAGCCAGCAGCAAUUGACCUUUAUCACACCACAACUGUCGUGUCCAACCUGCCAGGAAUGAAAUGAAUAUCGCAGCGGGUGAAUCCCACCGCAAGUUCUCCGCUCCCAGGCACGGCCACCUGGGCUUCCUGCCCCACAAGCGGAGCCGCCGGCACCGGGGGAAGGUGAAGGCCUGGCCCAAGGAUGACCCCAGCAAACCAGUGCACCUGACAGCUUUCCUGGGCUACAAGGCUGGAAUGACCCACACUGUGCGGGAGGUGCACCGGCCUGGGCUCAAGAUCUCCAAGCGGGAGGAGGUGGAGGCCGUGACCAUCAUUGAGACCCCCCCGAUGGUGGUGGUGGGGGUGGUGGGCUACAUCGAGACACCCAAGGGCUUGAGGAAUUUCAAGACUGUAUUUGCCGAGCACAUCAGCGACGAGUGCCGGCGGCGCUUCUACAAGAACUGGCACAAGAGCAAGAAGAAGGCUUUCACCAAGUACUGCAAAAAAUGGCAGGAUGAGGCUGGGAAAAGGCAGCUGGAGAAGGAUUUUGCAGCCAUGAAGAAGUACUGCAAGGUUAUCCGUGUCAUUAUGCACACGCAGAUGAGGCUGCUCCCACUGAGGCAGAAGAAGGCCCACAUCAUGGAGAUCCAGCUGAAUGGAGGGACAGUGGCUGAGAAGGUCGACUGGGUCCGGGAGAGGCUGGAGAAGCAGAUCUCUGUGCACAGUGUCUUCAGCCAGAACGAGAUGAUCGAUGUCAUCGGCGUGACCAAGGGGCACGGGAUGAAAGGGGUCACCAGCCGCUGGCACACCAAGAAGCUGCCCAGGAAGACACACAAGGGCCUGCGGAAGGUGGCCUGCAUUGGGGCCUGGCACCCAGCCCGCGUGGGCUAUUCCAUCGCCCGGGCUGGCCAGAAGGGCUACCACCACCGCACUGAGAUCAACAAGAAGAUUUACCGCAUUGGCCGUGGGAUCCAUGUGGAGGAUGGCAAAGUGGUGAGGAACAACGCCUCGACACACUACGACAUCACCGAGAAGACCAUCACGCCUCUGGGUGGUUUCCCUCACUACGGGGAGGUCAACAAUGACUUCCUCAUGCUGAAGGGCUGCGUGGUGGGCACCAGGAAGCGCGUGCUCACCCUCCGCAAGUCCCUCCUGGUGCACACAAGCCGCCGGGCCCACGAAGCCAUCGAGCUCAAAUUCAUUGAUACCACUUCCAAAUUCGGCCAUGGCCGCUUCCAGACAGCUCAGGAAAAGAGAGCUUUCAUGGGCCCCCAGAAGAAACAUUUGGUGAAGAAGCCAGGUGUGCAGGAAGAUCUCUAAGGAUGGAGAGCCAAGGCUUCCUGACUGGGCACUUGCAAUAAAGGGGCUCCAAGCCA